AACUGUUUGAAUCGAUAAAACUAGAUUUUCUGCAAGUUCUAAGGAGAAGGAAUUCGAAUUAAGUGUUUCAGUAGAGCGAUGGACGCGAUAAUUCGUAGAUCCUUCUUCUUCUUGUUCAUAUUAGUUGUCACUGGAACUGUUUUAUAUGUUUCUAGUUUUGCUGACGGCAGACCUCACCGGAUUCUGUUGGAUACGGAUGUUGACACUGAUGAUUUGUUUGCUAUGUUAUACUUGUUGAAGCUUAAUCGAUCGGAAUUCGAUUUGCAGGCUAUAACCAUUAGUGCAAAUUCAUGGACUGAUGCUGGACAUGCUGUAAACCAAAUUUAUGAUGCUCUGUAUAUGAUGGGUCGUGAUGAUAUUGCUGUUGGUGUUGGAGGUGAAGGAGGAAUACUUGAAAAUGGAGUCAUACAAAGAAAUGUUGGAGGAUAUCUUCCAAUAAUUGAACAAGGAAUCAGCACAGUUGGUUAUUGUAGAUAUAGACAAGAAAUUCCUGUAGGACAGGGAGGGAGAUUAGAUGUAAACUCCAAUUAUGGUUUCAGGAAAAGCUUUCUUCCACAGGGGAGUAGGAAAUAUUCUCCGCUUAAACAACCUACUACUCAACAAGUUAUGAUUGACACAAUAUCUGCUGGUCCAACUACGGUUUUCAUUACCGGAGGGCCCACGAAUUUUGCGAUUUUUCUUAUGAGUAAUCCGCGUCUUAAGAAAAACAUUGAACACAUUUAUAUCAUGGGUGGUGGUGUGAGGUCUGAGAAUCCAACCGGUUGUUGUCCAAAAAAUGCAAACUCUUCUUGCCAGCCUCGACAAUGUGGUGAUCAUGGUAAUCUGUUCACUGAUUAUAUUAGUAAUCCGUAUGCAGAGUUCAACAUAUUUGGAGAUCCUUUUUCUGCAUACCAGAUAAUUCAUUCUGGUAUUCCUGUUACAUUGGUUCCCCUUGAUGCAACAAACACAAUUCCUAUAAACGAGGAGUUCUUCGAGGCAUUUGAGAAGAAUCAGUUGACAUACGAGGCACAAUACUGCUUCAAAUCCUUGAAAAUAGUCCGCGACACUUGGUUUGAUGACCAAUUCUACACUAGCUAUUUUAUGUGGGACUCUUUCAUGUCUGGUGUAGCUACAUCUAUCAUGCAUAACUCUAAUCACCCAAGGGGGGAGAAUGAUUUUGCUGAAAUGGAGUUCAUUAAUAUAACAAUAGUUACAUCAAACAAACCUUAUGGAAUAUCUGACGGCUCAAAUCCUCUCUUUGAUGGCCCUAAGAGUCUUAAAUUUAACUUGACAAGAGGUGGAGUUCACAGUGGUCAUGUCCAGACAGGACAUCGAGAUCCUUUUUGCAUUGUCGAGGAUGGAAAAGGUAAAUGUAAGGAUGGAUAUACUAUGGAAACAAGUGGACCUGAAGCAGUACCUGUUCUUGUUGCUACAAAAGCAAAAUCUAAUCAGGAUGCCCGUAGUCCUUUAAACAGAGAAUUCUUCAUUAGCUUCUUGGAAGUUCUUAAUCGACCUGAAAACUCGGGAAGAUUCAACUUCACAACACAAUUCCCUUACUAUAAGGAAACUCUGUAUAGACCUAAUUUUGAAGGGAAGAAACUUGGAAAAAGUGUGAUCUUUGACAUGGAUAUGAGUGCUGGAGAUUUCCUUGCUCUGUUUUAUCUCCUUAAGCAACCCAUAGAAGUUAUCAACCUCAAGGCUAUACUCGUGUCUCCUACUGGAUGGGCAAAUGCAGCAACGAUAGAUGUGAUCUAUAAUUUACUGCACAUGAUGGGUCGAGACGACAUUCCUGUUGGUCUAGGAGAUGUAUUUGGGAUGAACCAGUCUGACCCUCUUUUCUCAGCAGUUGGAGAUUGCAAGUACUCUCAGGCUAUCCCUCAUGGUAGUGGUGGAUUUCUUGACUCAGACACCUUAUAUGGGUUAGCACAAGAUAUGCCCCGAAGUCCUCGAAGGUACACUGCUGAGAAUUCAAUUAAAUUUGGAGCUCCUAGGGAUACUGAUAAUCCAGAACUUAGGCAGCCACUAGCAAUGGAAGUGUGGAAUUCAGUGUCGAAAUCGCUUGAUAUAGGAUCUAAAGUUACCAUACUAACCAAUGGUCCAUUGACUAGUUUAGCAAAGAUAAUCCUUAAUGACAAAAAUGCAAGCACUAUAAUUCAGGAGGUGCUUAUAAAUGGGGGACACAUCAUCAUGAAAAAGAACAAGACAAAUAACAUAGAAAGAGGAAAUAUCUUCAGUGUUCCAUCAAAUAAAUUUGCAGAAUUCAACAUGUUUCUAGAUCCAUUAGCUGCAAAGACAGUUUUUGAAUCGGGACUUAAGAUCAAGCUUAUCCCACUCAGUAUCCAGCGUAAAGUCAGUGAAUUCCCCAAGAUUAUAAAAAGUCUUCAAAUCAGAAAGACUACACAUGAAUCUAUUUUCUCUUGGAAUUUACUGUCGCGACUAAACAGGCUGCAACAAAAGAAUCCUAGAUACCAACAUGUGGGCAUGUUCUUAGGUGAGAUACUAGGUGCAGUAGUGUUGUCUGGAGGGGACAAAUCUAACUUAAACAAAACAUUUAAGGAGAUGCCAUUGGUAGUAGUUGCGAAGGGAAUAGAAUCUGAAGAUGGACAAAUAAAUAUUGAUGAAAAGAAGGGAAAGUUGAUUACAGUGCUGAAAAACAUGAACACAAUUGCAUAUUAUGAUCAUUUUGCGGAUUGGCUCAACAACAAUAAACAGUCGGCUGUUGUUGGAAGUUUUGAGGAGCAAAAACGAAUUUGGAGCACCCCACCUAAGUAAAAUAACUUAAAUCUCACAAGUUCCAAAUUCUAGCAAUACUUUUAUAUGGAGAUAUGUAUUUAUACAUACAAAAAAAAAAAUGUCUUCUAUUUUCUUCAAAUAUAAAGGAUAGGUAGAUUAUAGGCACAACAGAUCUCUGAUCAUUUUGUCAUCAGAAAUCGCAAAGGACAUGGAAAAUAUUGUAAUGUGGAUGGAUGUGAUAUGGAUAGCUUUGGUAUCAUUCAAAACAUAUUCUACCUUUAACAAAAUUAUUAUUAUUUUUU